CGAGCGAAAACAUUAGAGGAAGGGUGACCGAAACGAUUGUGCCAAAUGGACGAAUGAACGGAAGUAAGAGCACUUGGAGUGGUAGGGACAUUGGAUAGGCGGAGAGGAUAGAGGCCAUCUUUACAAGGGCCCUGAAAUAAGAGACGACCAGAGUGUAAGCAAUAGAUCUGGUAAAAAUCAGGCGCAAAGAGGAAGUAAACAUGAUUAUCUUUCGUAAACCGAGCAACAGACAAGAGAUUUUUACGGAUAGAUGGAAUACGAAAGACAUCAUAUAAAGAAAAAUGAGAAGAUCCGAAAGACAUAGGAAGGGUACCGGUAUGAGAAAUGGGCAUUGAGUCCCCAUUCCCCAUAUAGACAUUGUGUGGGCCACCAUAGGGUUGAGAAUUGUGGAGAGGCAUGGCAGUCAUAUGAUGGGUAGCUCUUGUGUCAGGAUACCAAUUUGGAUCAGCUACAAAAUGGGCUCCCGCAAAAGGUGCAAAUAUAGUUGGACCUGAAAACCGGUGAGGGCAUUGAUGAAGACCAUGCUGAUUGGUGUGACAAUUAGGACACCAAGUUGGAGCCGGCCCAAGAAGCCCAUGGGUGGGAGAAGAGCGUGCAGCCCAAGCAGGGGAGGAAAAAGACCCAAAAGGCAAUGAGUGUGGUUGCUGGGCGUUGAAAGGUUGCACGGCCUGUGGUGUUGACGCAAAAGGAGAUGACGACUGGAAGGGACGAACGUCGCUUUGUCUGGUGCGACCGCCAUGGCUGGGACGGCGGCCGGGCUGGAAAUUGCGGCGAUUAUCACUGCGUGGCGGUGCACUUUGAUUGAAAAGGGCAGUGACUGAGCUGGAAUCAGAGGGCCGACUUUGCUGCGCAUCAAAGGAAAGGAUGCGAGCACGAAGCUCAGUAAAAUCAGGAAGUGGUGGUUUUUGUGUGAGAGCGGUGCGGAGCAUGAUAUAAUCAGGGCCAAGGCCAUGAAGGGUGGCAAUGACCAAAUCCUCAUCGGGCACGGGUUUGUUGAUGGAGACCAAGGCGUCAGCAAUGGAUUUGGCAUGGCGGAGGUAGUCAUCGAUAGAUUGGGUGCCUUUGUGGAGAUCCAAGAGCUGCAUUUUGAGAUUGGUUGCACUUGCCAUAGACUUUUGGGAAAAGUGACGUUGAAGACAGUCCCAAAUCUCCUUGGAAGUGUCAUAGCCAAUGGAUUGGGUUCUUGGGCAGUGAUUUGGCCAGUAGUGGAGGGUAGAAAACGAGGAGGAGCUGGUUUGGACCCAUCAAUGCUUGAGUUGGCGAAGCCAAACGAGAUAGUUUGUCUCGGUGAGUUUGAUGAAGCUAGCAGUAUUGGGAGAAGGAUUGGAGGAGGUGGUGGUAGCCAUGAGAGAGGGGAAGGAAGGAUAGGAAGACAAGAAAGACAGAGAGGAUCGAGGUGAGUAGCCUAUACUACUGAUACCAUGUAAACAAUGAUUUCCUCUUAAUUCAAUUGUGUUUACAAUGUACAGAUAUAUAGGCUAUACAUAAGCUAUAGUUACAAAACUCUAAGAAGAGCAUUAAAGACUAAAUACAGAAUAUCAAAACUGUUACAGCAGUUACUGAAUCAGUUUUGAAUGCUGAGAGGAAAUCUCUC